AAUCUUCUUUGUGUUAAAUUUCGUUAUCAGUUGAUCCCAGAAGACAUUAUUUUUGUCAAAAUCUAACGGCGUUCUCAGCUUUUCAGGAGAAUUUCUUCAAUUUUUGACUGAUUUCGUGUGUAAAAGACGACAAGAUCCGACAAAAGAUGUCUGACGAUAGUUUCACCGGAUACCGCAAAAAAGCCGCCAACGACACGGAUACCGACGUCGAUGACAAAGAAGACGCUGGAAUGGAGGUCGAUGAGAAGCCAAAACUCGAACGGAAGUGGUACAAGCACGUCUACAAAAGCAGCCUUCGUAAGUCGCAAGUUCACAAUCGUCUCGGAUAUCAAAACAAACGCCAGCAAUCACGUCCGCAGCAACGCAUGGACUGGAAAAUGAGCAACCAGGAAGAUCGCAAGCCACUUUUUGAUCUUCGGAGCCGCACAAUUGAUCGCAAUCGUCGCGAUAAUCAACUCCAAAAGGAUUAUGUGACAAAUUUGUCGAAAUUGUACUUCCCAAAGGCAACGGUUGACAAGACUUUUGUCAUUGCAGUUGAUCGUGAUGAGCGUCGUGAGGUUCAGAUGCGUUUGAACUCCAACAAGUGAUUGUUUUUCGUCUUUUCUUAAUUAAAUUAAUGCAAUUGGUGUGAGUUUGAGACACCAAAUAGUUUUUAAGAUGAUUUUUUGAUAUGAAAUGUUCCUUUCGUAAGAUUUAAAAAAGCCAAGAGCUUCAAAAGAAUAAUUAAAGAGAUAAUUUUUU